AUCACGGUACAGCACGAUAUUUCUACAGUUUUGGAGGACGUGCGAGAUGGGGUCGUUGACUCUGGUUGGGAAGACGUUUGGGUUUCGUGUUACAAAGAGGGACACACAAGUGUUCAUGGCAAACUCCGCAUAUCCAAAUCCGCAGGAGGGGUAACGUUCGAUGUGCGCGAAGGGAUUGAAUGGUCGGGAUCCUCAGCGGCCGAAUUUAAAGUUGCCUGUUCGUCCCUUGACAUAAAGCCAACCCUUGUCCGUCUGCCGAAGCAAACAUAUGGUCCACCUAAUUCACAAAAGGUGAGUUUUCCGACCCAUUACGGUAUCACCUCGGGUUGA